GGAAGCAAUGGGAGAAGAUCAGCGAAAAGAUCGAUAAGAGAGAUCAAGAAGCGAAUGAACUUGCUAGGCUGCGUGAAGAUGUUGCCAGACGUACGAGAGCUAAGGAAGCGGUCACUCCUAUGCCUUCUGUUCAUACUGAUUUGGAUACGGUGUUCAAGAUCAGACUUGAACAAGAGGAGAUGAGGACUGCUGCCGAUCGACACUUUGCUGUUAUGGAGGAACGGAUUAACAGUUUGACCCAGAGUAAAGAAGCUGCUGAAGCAAGUGCUGAAUUGUGGAAGGCUGAAGCCUUGCGUCCAAGAAAUAAGAGAGGGAGCAUCGCGAUCGAGACUCUGCUACCGCAGACUAGAUCUCGUUUGAAGGGGACUCCUCGUCAGGCCACCGAUGUACCUGGACCGUCUUCUGUACGUACCGAGGGCAGAAUCAAUCCAAAUUUGAAGGGGAUUGUUGAUUGCCAUAAUAUGGAAGUUAACUUACUUAAAGAGAUGCGUUUGAAAGAUGUCAACGGAAGAAUUGAGGCUGAGAAGGAAGUUGAGAAGUUGAAGGUGGAGAUGGCGCGGUUAGCUAUGAGUCAACGGCAGAAGGGGACCAAUCUCAAGACACGAAUGGAUGAAGUCGCCGACACUUUUACUUAUAAACCACCUUGUCCACCUUCCUCGAAGAAGAAGGCUGCACCUGUCGGUAUCGAAGCUAAUGAUCGUGAUGGGCUUUUGCAGAUGGAGAAGAAGAAUCUACGACGAAAGAACAAGGAGGAGAUUCAAGAAAUCUGCCGAGAGGAAGGUGUGCCGUACACUACUCUGGAACCUACGAAGGAGGCGAUUGCCACCAGAAGAGUUGAGAAGGCCUUUGGGGUAGAGGAUCAAAACAAAGGUAAGGAGAAGGCUACCUCCGUUGUGGAAGUGUCUGCUGGGGAUUCGGAAGCGGUUGAAAGGGAUGACGAUACUGAUGUCGCUGUGUCUUAGUGACUUUCCCGAGCGCAUUUGACCUUUGGGCUUCGGUCCGCUAUCUGUGUAAAUUUCGUUAUUCCAAUGAGUUAUUGAGAUGUAGAGUGGUGAACAGAUUGUUAUGCGUGACAACUUGUUUACUGUUGAUUUCCGGAGUGAUUCCUUGGGGAAAACGGUUAAUCCCUUUUAUCUCUCGUUAUUUGGCUUGCGAUGAGGAUGUUUCGGGUGAUUUUGUGGGACCAUUGGGGUACGUGCUUUUUUCGCCUUGGUGUAAGCAUAUCUAUGUAGGUAGUACCACUAGAGAUCUGCAUACCCGUUGGGCUGAACACGUUUAUCGAUUCUCUAAUGGCUAUGGGAUUAGUAAAGGGAAGCUAAAUGA